GGACGGUACCGGACAAUGUUGUCGCAUACCAAUGCGUUCCUCUUCCGGACGCUAGAUGGCACCCCUCCAUCGCAAGUGGAACAAUCCGGCUUCGAUCUCAGCAAAAUAUUCCUAACCAUCUCCUGCACAGUAGCCAGAAGAGCAGCGAUCUGGACACAGCAAGACUGCCGGACUUUCUCAUCCCGGACGAAGAAUAAAAUAAGAGUGAUUUUUUUCUUUUUUCCUUGCUGUUUCAUUGUGGACCUGCAGUUUCGCCCAUGCACUUUGAUGAGGGAUUGGGGAGGAGACCGGAUUCAUCUUUGUCGGACGUCCGUGCGUUACGUGCCAGGUUUUGCCGGAUUGUUUGAGUGAGGUGGUGCUUCAGCGGUGUAUCUAUUUUUCCCCACUUCUGAUUUAAUCAAAUGUGCGAGUUCGACGAAGUGUUAAAAUGAAUGGAUUACAACUGUACUGGAAUUUAAGGUUGUGGAUUAUAUGUUUUCAAGGACUGUGGAUGUUUGUUAUCAGCUUCAGGCCUGUGAUAGCAACUGCUCAUGAAUAUUACGCUGUGGCCGGUGGGCGAAUCUCUAUGCCAUGCAACAUCACAGCCCCUUCCAGCGACGAUGUCGUCACUCUGGUGCUCUGGUACAAAGGGGACAUGAAAGUUCCCAUCUACACCCUGGAUGCCAGGAAGGGACCUAUAGAAAAGUCCAAGCACUUCCCCAGUAAGCAACUGGGUAGGCGUGUCCACUUCGACCUGCACGUCAGGAACCCAGGUCUCACCAUAGAUCCGGUCAAGGGAGAAGAUCAAGGGAUCUACAGGUGUCGUGUGGAAUACAAAAGAUAUCGGACGCUGAGCUAUAUGUAUGAGCUUAAAGUGAUUGUUCCACCUCGAGAGGUUAACAUAAUGGACGAGAGUGGACAGCGGAUUGAAGAAACCAUUGGACCAGUGGACGAAGGGUCGAAUGUUACUUUGAUCUGCGAAGCUGAAGGAGGUUCUCCAUCUCCUUCCGUAACGUGGUGGCGAGACUCAGUUCUGCUGGAUGACUCGUACCAUAUCACGACGCAGGGUUACGUUCGAAACAACAUAACACUCAUUCGCCUCAAGAGAUCGGAUUUGUCCGCUAUCUUCACAUGUCAAGCCGCCAACAACAAUCUUACCGUUCCAACGUCCAAUUCCGUCGCUCUAGAUCUCAAUCUCCGGCCCCUCGAUGUCCGGAUCAUCACUCCUCCGCACCACCUGUCCGCUGGUCGCAAAGUGACCCUAGAAUGCGAAUCUACAGGCUCUCGGCCACGGGCCGUGAUGACGUGGUGGAAGGGCUCUCAGAAGAUCCAGACGGGCAACGAGGUCAUCUCAGAUAAUGGCAACCUCACCCUGAGCACUCUGUCUUUCGUCCCCACAGCAGAAGAUCACGGGAAGAAAUUCACGUGCACGGCUAAGAACCCUUCCCUGCCAGACAGCCUCAUAGAAGACACCAGGACCAUAACAGUUCAUUAUAUCCCCGAACUCAGAUUAGCCCUCGGAGCUAGCAUUCAGCAUACUGCCAUCAAAGAGGGAAGUGACGUUUACUUUGAUUGCAACAUUCGAGCGAAUCCUUGGGUCCAUGAUGUCAGUUGGAGGUUCGAGGAUAAUAUCCUCUUCAGUAACUUAUCCGCCGGAAUCAUCGUCAGUAACCAGUCCCUCGUACUGCAGAGAGUCAAGAAGGAACACAGGGGACGAUACCAGUGCGUGGCCACAAACACUGAAGGAGAAGGUCGAAGCGAAGAAGUACAGUUGGAUGUUCAAUUUGCUCCUGUCUGCAAGAACAAGGCUGUUCAAGUCUUUGGUGUUGCCAAGCAGGAGACUUUAAACAUCACCUGUGAACUGGAGGCCGACCCUACUGAUGUCAAAUUCCACUGGGCUCUCAACAAUACGGUGGAAAACAUGGACGUGAAGAAUUUCAUUUCUGAAGGCACCUCCAGCACCGUGUUUUACACCCCGCGGAACAUGCUCGGCUACGGGGCCUUGCUGUGCUGGGGAAGUAAUGACAUCGGAAGGCAGAAGGAUCCUUGCGUGUACAGAGUCGUACCAGUGGGUCCACCAGAAACAAUGCGCAAUUGUUUGGUCACCAAUCAUACAACUGACUCCCUGCUGAUUCAGUGCGAACCUGGGUACGAUGGUGGAUUGCCCCAAACUUUUCAUCUAGAGAUAUACAGUUCAACAAAUGAGCAUUUGAGAGGAAAUAUGACAUCAGAAGAUAUCCCUACUUUCUUAGUACAGGACCUCUUAACUGGCACUUCAUUUAUACUGGUACUCUACGCGGCCAAUGCAAAAGGCAGAAGCAAUUCGGUGGCUUUGGUUGCUAGUACAUUAAGGCCAGCAGAAAGACACACAGCCGAAGAAGAUGAAUCAAUAUUAAGUCCAAUGAUAGGUAUCUUAAUAGGAAUCGUUGCCGCAUUCGUUAUAUUAUCGAUUGUCAUUGCUAUCAUUGUUCGACUGAGGACUCACGAUAAACAUAAAGAUUCAGAGGAAACAAAACAAGAAAAGUGCGAACUCCCAAUACAGAAUUAUAAAGAAGAAUCCAUUGAUUCAACAAUAGAAAGUCCAGAUGUCAUUCCAGCAGACAGUCAAGUGUACACUCCGGAUUCCAAAAGCAUUCAUUUGGAAUGCACCAGACGAAUGAAUGAAGAAAUGUACAAAAUUCUCAAACAAAAGCAGGACAAUUACGAUCCGCUUCUAUCAGCAAACGAUCCAAGCCGAUCAGAGAUUGUGGAAGAUAUAUCAUACACAGAUCUGGGGGUGCGGGGAUACCACAAACGAGCCGUGCCGUUACACAUGGAGCCCCCAACGGAGUACGCGGACGUCUACAGACACGGGGUCCGAACUCAAGUUCUGCCCCUGCCGGUUAGCGAUGCCCUUGACAAACACGCCCCUGAGUUGCCUUUGAUAAACAAUGUGCAGCAAAAUACAAGGGAAAAUUGGCAACAAUCCAACUUAUGAUCUGGGUUUUCGACCAGUGUUUGAUUUUUAAUAUCUUGGAAUGUAUUCGAGGAGAUCGCAUCGUAGCCACCACACCUUUAUGAAUAUAGUGAGCCAAUCAUCUUACCAAUGGUCCAGCGGCGAAAGGUCUUCAUCAAAAAUGCUCAAGAAAUUAUACUAGCCGUCGUGAAACAGUGCGCGUCUUUUCUUUUCUCUACCGAACCGGCCUCUGCAACGAGCGGCCGCUAUAUCAAAUGAAACGUUCAUUCUAUGGCACGAAUUCUACAGUUGUUAAAUGAUAUAUGGAUAUAUAUAUAAAUUUGGCAAAUAUGUAUAUACAUAUAUAUGAAUAUAAAAAUUUAAAAAUUGUUGAUGAAAGAAUUCAAAGUUAUCAAGAAUGAUGUACAUAGUUAUCCGAAGGGCUAUAGCUCAAUUUUUACUGACAGUCGAUGAUUCCCUUUUUCUAUAUGGAUCAGUUGAGUUUGAGUGAAGAACGGAGUGCAAACUGUUUUUUUGAUACUCCUUUCGAGCAAAGCAUAAUGGUCUGUUGUAAAAUGAAAAGACAUCUAUCUUUGAUUAAAGAAAGUGUUGUUCUUAAGUUUCAUUCUAAUCCUGUGAUUCUGUGAACUCUAAAGAAGACCCUCUUCAGCUAAAUGCAGCAGUCUCAUCAUGACAAGAUGCUCUUCACGGGAAAAGAGCACUAAACUAUGCAGGUUAUGAAGCAUGUACAACUCAAGAUCUAAAAUUGGAUGAAUCUAGCUAUGGAUAUUUUAAUUCAAAUUUUCUCAAAUGAGGAACGAAUGAUCAAGUAUUUCUUUGUGCAUUGCUACAAUGUGCUAUACUGUUUUCAGUCUGUUUGUCGACUCAUUAUAUUCUUCUUCUCAUUAUAAGUUUACUUAUUGUUCUUUGUCUUUAAUAUUAAAUAAUGUCUAAUAAAAGCUUUCAGCUAACAUUAGAGCUAACUUGAAACUAGAAAAACAGAGAUCGCUUUUUAAAUUAAGUAUUGAAUUUUCUUUUUCAGAAAACAACUACAUUUCAAAGAUGUAGAAGAGAUUUAAAGAAGAAUAUUGAAGUCAGGGAUAAAUAAUAUCAUGCAGAUUGCAUAAUUUUAUACCAUAUAAUUUUUAAGUUAAAAAAAUUGUAAUUUAAAUAUAACAUUUUAGAAUUUGA